UUUUCCCCGCAUGCUUGACAUGCGCACGCAGUUUAAAGUUUAGAACGGCAUAUAUAAUUCCUCUACAUAGACAUGAAUUACAUUUUAACACCAAAAUUGUAAAUAUGGCGUAUUCUGGUAUAGAUGCGUCCCAUAAAGCAUGGGUUGCUACCAAAAGAACUAGCGUAUCAAGCGUAACUAGAGACAUGGUUUUAAAUCCUGAUGCUGAUCUGGACAGUGUUAUGGAUUAUGCUGAUGAGCUUGGAGUUGAUAUGUCUGGGCUAAACAACGUCGAAGAAAUGCAAAAUAGGAUCUGCAUGCAUCUGGAUUAUUUGGAUUCGCGGGAAAACCAUAUCGAAACGAAAGUGAAACUACUCCUAGAGAAACAUAACGACGAUUCAAAUAGACGGAAGAAACUUGGGGAACUUCUAGACAAGUUUAUCCAAACUAAUAAGAGUUUUUAUCAAAUGUCUUCCUCUGGAAAAGAGCGUAUCGAGGGGCAGACAACUCUAGAAUCUCUCCUACAGACAGAGGGUAUAACCAAGGACCUAGCUGAGGACCUCAGACUGAAAGCACAGCAGAUCACUAACGGACAGUGCGUUGUUGUCGUCGCGGGUGAAACAAAUGCUGGCAAGACAACAUUUCUGAAUUUGAUCCUGGGAUCCAAGGACCUUUUGACAGUCAAAGCCAUUUCCUGCACUGCUGUCGUUACCAGAAUUUCCUAUGGUGAUCAGACUGCGAUACAUCUUUUGUAUGGAAGUGGGAAAACAGAAGAGUUCAUUAUCAAUCCAAACGAAGACCUCAAACUACAAAUUGAAAAGCUAUUGUUUGAAAGUGACAUUGAAAAGCGUGAAAAAAUAGACGUUUCCUGUGACUUCAUUGCAGAAGUUCAACUCAAACUUCCAAACGACAGAUUAAAGAAUGGCCUCGUCUUAGUGGACUCUCCCGGAAUAGGAGAAAAUAAAUCUAUGGACAACGUAAUUCAGCGGUUCGUGGCCACUAAUCAGAUCAAUGGAUUCAUUUACCUAAUCAAGUCCGACAGUGGUCAGAGAGUGGAUGAAGACAGGAUAGGGGAAUUGUUGAAAAUGAUUCUGACAUCACAAAAAGAGAAGAAGAAUGGUUUAGGAUUUGAUCCACGACUCGCUCUGUUUGUAUGCAAUCAUUGGGACAAUGUCAAAAAGGUCGACAGAGAUAAGGUGUUUCAAUACAUAGUAUCGAGACUCGGAAAAUAUUGGCCUGGUCUGAAAUCAGACCAAGUAAUCCGAUUCUCUGCUACUGAGGCGAUGAGGGAACUAGGACAUGACCCUAAUUAUAUUACGUCUGACUACAAGACUUUGUGGGACGGAAUCCAGGAACUUUAUACUUCAGCCCUCGAUAAAAGAGUCACAGCAACUUACAAAUGGAUGGAGACGAUAUUGAAAAGAAUGACUCACCACCUUAAGACUUUUGUCCAUCGUUUGGAUUCAUCAGAGGAAGAUCUCCAGGACAAGAUGUCUCAGAUAGAGGCAAAGUUAAAUGGGAUAGGAGCCAGCGCAGAAGAAGUGUUUCAGACACUUACGGACAAGAUUGAUCAAGCUUGUGAAGAUGUAUACCAACAAUUUCGAGAACAUUUGAUGACCCGGCCUUCCAAAACACAAAUCACCAACUGGACACUGCCUGAAACACCUAGUAUAAUCGACUUCACGACGUGGACUGACAUCAAGAUGGAAAUUUACGAGCGUACCUCUAAUAGAAUAUCCAAGGAACUGGUCAGAUGGGAGGACCAACAAGGCUUCAUCCAAGAAAUCGAAAAGACAAUUUUGACAGAGAUACAACUGAAGUUGAACAUAUUGAAUGGGGAAUUAGCUGAUGUAGAUGAAGAUUUAAUGGCAGACAAUAAAUCCACUGCCAGUGAUGAUUCGGCUCAAAAUCCAUUUGGAACAAUGCGUAAACGACUUUCUGUUGGUAAUGCUCGACGAGCAACAUUGCCAGGCAUCAUGGUAUAUGCAGAUGAUCACCUGUCUGUUCCAUUAAUUGCUCAAAUCCUUUCUCCUCUCAGUAACGCUAUGGGGAAUCUCGUCACUGGAAGAAAUCGACUAGCUGAUUAUGAGAAGAAUCGAACCAGACUAGCUCGAGAAAAAUCAGAACGGUACUACAACUACAUACUUAAUACGAAAGCCGGGAAUGAUUUCCUUCGAAAGUUUGUCAAUGCUUUAUUUGAUCAGUGUAGAGAAAAGCUUGGAGAUAUCCGUGAUAAAAUUCCCGCUAUCAUUCGCUCUGAUAGGAAAGUGAUGGAUCAUGUACUACGUUGUCGAAGGGACACAAAAGUUUCGAUAGAGUUAUACGAAGAGAUGAUGAAUGGUUUAGAAGAUCUGAAGCAACAGCUCACUGAAUAUGGAGAAGGAGAAAUCUUUGUGGAUGACUUUCGUAAUGCUGACAUACGAAUAUCUGAUUCUGGUAGCAGUUCUGGUUCACAAUCAAUCCGCAUUUCCAAUUUCAUCGAGAACAGCUCAAAAGAUGGCCAUACUCAACAGACAGGUGAAACAAGAGCUCUCUGGACUAUCCUGCAAAACGGAAAUGUUCGAAAGGAAGAUGACGUACAAGAAACUCGGGUGUUUAUUAGAAUUUACAUGAAAUCUUCUGGAGUGCAGAAUGUAACUUCUGAAGUUUCCAAACUCAGAUUUUUGAAACACAACAAUGUUGCUGAAUUUCUCGGUCUCCAUCGAGUGCACUCCGGAUUGCCAUCACUCAUUUACAAUGAUCGAAUGAAGACACUUCGCCAGCAUUUCAAAAGUAGAAACAAAGAUGUAAAAGAACGGAUAAAAGCGUUCCAGGAAACAGUAAAAGGCUUGGACUAUCUCCACCGCAGAAAUUUAGUUCACAUGGAGCUAAAUUUGCACACCAUCACGGUUAAACAAGGGACGGGGACGGUAAAGUUAACAGGAGCAUGUCUUCCACGACGAGCUAAUCUUCCAAUGGAUCCCGAGUCCAUCCAGGCGUCUCAUUUCGUAUUCCUUUCACCGGAAGUACUAAACGGUGAAGCGUACCUUGCAUGUGAUGAUUCGUAUGCAGUCGGGCUUCUCGCUCUGGAGUUGAUCUUUAGAAAGCGACCGUACAAAGAACACCGUGAAUGGUCUCUUGACCAGUUCGCAAGGGAAGUGAACCCACUGCAAAUGUUAAAUGUAGAUGAAGUUUUGGGGGAUCAGCCCGAGGACAUCAGUGCGUUGAUCUCAAAGUGUUUCGGAAAAGCAGACGACCGUCCGCGUGCAGGCGAGUUCCUGGACGUGAAAUUUCCGCUUGUUGAUAUUAUGCAGAAAGUAGUUGAAGAACAUAAACCUGAAUCUAAUCAAAGAAAUUAUUUAGAGCAAGACGUGCUGUAUCGAAGGUGAAGGAAUUUGAAACAGCAUCAUUGCUAGGGAAAAAUUUUCUUUCAUUCAGACGACCUUGUUGUUAUCGUAUUUUUAUACAGAGUAUUCAUUAAUGUGCAAUUUGUUUUUAACAUACUUGUAUUUUUGCACAAGUAUAUGUCUCACAUAUUUCGUUUUAUUUACUAUUGCUAUUAGUUUUCAGCUAAGAUAUGUAUUGUAAAACAUGUAUGCUUGCUAAUAAAAUAUGAAUGAAAACGUAAAA